CGCGCAAGGCCCCGCCCCCGGCCGGCCGCGCUGGUUCGGCUUCCACCCCGCAGAAGCCGCUUCCGAGGCGCCGCCUCCGCCCCGGGGCCCCGGCUUUCAGCCCGGCUCGCCCGGCCCGCCGGACAUGGAGCUCCGCGCAGCGGAUGGAGAGGCUCCGGCGCGCCCCGAUCUGCCCUCCCGGUGCCCAGCUCACAUCCCUGCCCAGCCUGACUCCUGGGGACAGCAGCUCCGGGGCUGCUGAGGGCCUGCGGCAGCAUGAAGGCUCCGGGUCGCCUCCUGCUUGUUGUCCUGUGCUCCUUGGUCUUCUCUGCCGUCUACGUCCUCCUGUGCUGCUGGACCUGCCUGCCCCCCUGUCGGGCCACCUGCCUGGACCGACACCUCCCUGUGGACUCCAGCCCCACCGCGCCAGGGCCUUUGCACUUCAGCGGGUACAGCAGCGUGCCUGAUGGGAAGCCGCUGGUCCGGGAGCCGUGCCACAGCUGUGCCGUGGUGUCCAGCUCGGGCCAGAUGCUCGGUUCCGGCCUGGGCGCCCAGAUCGACGGUGCUGAGUGUGUGCUGCGCAUGAACCAGGCGCCCACUGUGGGCUUCGAGGCGGACGUGGGCCGGCGCAGCACCCUGCGCGUGGUCUCGCACACGAGCGUGCCGCUGCUGCUGCGCAACUACUCGCACUACUUCCAGCAGGCCCGGGACACGCUCUACGUGGUGUGGGGCCAGGGCAGGCACAUGGACCGCGCGCUGGGCGGCCGCACCUACCGCACGCUGCUGCAGCUCACCCAGAUGUACCCGGGGCUGCAGAUCUACACCUUCACCGAGCGCAUGAUGGCCCGCUGCGACCAGAUCUUCCAGGACGAGACGGGCAAGAACCGGAGGCAGUCGGGGUCCUUUCUCAGCACUGGCUGGUUCACCAUGAUCCUGGCCCUGGAGCUGUGCGAGGAGAUCGUGGUCUACGGGAUGGUCAGCGACAGCUACUGCAGGGAGCAGAGCCACCCCUCGGUGCCUUACCACUACUUUGAGAAGGGCCGGCUGGACGAGUGCCAGAUGUACCUGGCCCACGAGCGCGCGCCCAGGAGCGCCCAUCGCUUCAUCACCGAGAAGGCCGUGUUCUCACGCUGGGCCAAGAAGAGGCCGAUCGUGUUCGCCCACCCGUCCUGGAGGGUCGAGUAGCUGCGGUCGCCAGCCAGCCGCCACACUUCCACGGGGCCUUCGUCCCACCCCGGGCCACCGCACUCCACCUUGAACAUUUAAUUUAUGCCUCUUGCCUCUUGCCACGUGCCGGGUCAACCUAGGGCUCCUUCCCGCCCUACCCUGGGGACACCCAGAGCCAUCUCCAGCCCUGUGCCUUGAGGGGGACUGGAGGGGCGCCUUCCCCACCUCUGCUCCCCAAGGAAUCACGUCUUGAUUGGGGGUUCAGCCCACCACCAGGUCUCUCAAGUGGCCUUUGCCCCUGGGGCCAAUGGCCCCACUCACCAGCAUCAUGACCUGUGCCAAUCCCUGUCUGCCCCCUCCCCACCCCAGCCUCCUCUGGUGCCACCUUCUCAGGCUGGGGCUCUGGUCAGGGUAGCCAGGAGCCUAGGGUUUGUGGGGCACAGGGGCCUCUGAGCGUGACCGCCAGAGCCGUCUCCGGAGUGUACGGGUAAACAUGUUUUCUGGACACUGUC